AUGAAGAAGAUUGUAUUUGUAGCAAUAGUUGGUAAAGAUAAUGAUCCACUGUUCAUACAUGACUACUCAGGUGGAUCAGAGGACAACAAGUUGAAGUUACAUUAUAUAGUACACUGUGCAUUGGAUAUCAUUGAAGAUAAACCUGGAACAAAGAGAAUAUCGAAUGAGAUGUAUCUGGGAUUGCUCUAUCCCACUGAUGAGUAUAAGGUCUAUGGCUACUUGACCAACACAAAGAUCAAGUUCAUCAUUGUAGUGUUUGACACUACCGAUAACAAGGACUCUGAUAUCAAGACUUUCUUCAAACGUCUACAUCUGCGAUAUGUAAAGACAACUAGCAAUCCAUUCUAUAAGCCCAACACCAAGAUUGACUCAAAGAUGUUCCAAAGUGAUGUGGCCGCCAUAGUCCAAUCAUUGUAA